AACUACUCAACACUGGACACACAUGUGCGUCAAUUUUAAUAACAAUAAACAUUAAACAUGGUCCGAAAACUAAAGUAUCAUGAGCAAAAAUUGCUUAAAAAGGUUGAUUUUAUCACCUGGAAAGUUGACAACAGCAGUAAGGAGAAUAAGAUACUGCGACGUUAUCACAUACAAAAACGGGAGGAUUACACUAAAUACAACAAAUUGGCCCGUGAGAUUCGCGAGCUUACCGAAAAGAUAGCCAAACUAGACGCAACGGAUCCCUUCAAAGCCGAAGCCUCCGCCAUGCUGCUUAACAAAUUGCAUGCGAUGGGAGUAGCCAACGAUGAACUUACCCUGGAGACCGCCAGCAAGACGUCAGCCAGUCAUUUCUGUCGCCGCCGUUUACCAGUUAUUAUGGUCAAAUUACGAAUGUCAGAACAUCUAAAGCAUGCCACGGAUAUGAUUGAGCAUGGCCAUGUGCGUGUUGGACCUGAGAUGAUCAAAGAUCCAGCAUUCCUGGUCUCUAAAAAUCUGGAAGAUUUCGUUACAUGGGUAGAUGGUUCCAAGAUUAAGGAGCAUGUGCUACGCUACAAUGAUAUGCGCGAUGACUUUAAAAUGUAAAACUGAUUUUACUUUAAUUAUAAAAAAACAAUAAAAUACUUUGAAAAAAUUGUAAA